AUGGGAGAUGAUCUGGAAGAGACAGAGAUGGAGAAGCUGGUGAAGUUGGGAUCGUACGAAGGGAAAGUGAAGUUGUUGAUGGAUGAUGGUGGUGGUGGUGAGUCAAUUUCAGAGUCAGAAUCAGCUGCAGAAGAGACCAUGUUACUGUGGGGAAUUCAACAGCCAACUCUCUCUAAACCCAACGCGUUCGUCGCCCAAUCGUCUCUGAACCUCCACAUUGACGCUUGUGGCCAUUCUCUCAACAUUCUUCAGUCUCCUUCUUCCUUGGGCAAACCGGGAGUAACUGGAUCAGUGAUGUGGGACAGUGGAGUUGUAUUAGGAAAGUUUCUAGAGCAAGCUGUGGACUCAGGAUUGCUUUUUCUUAAAGGAAAGAAGAUCGUGGAGUUGGGUUCUGGUUGUGGUUUAGUUGGCUGCAUUGCAGCUCUUUUGGGUGCUCAAGUUAUCCUCACAGAUUUGCCGGAUAGACUGAGACUACUGAAAAAGAACAUUGAAACCAAUCUGAGUCAUGGAGAUUUGCAGGGCUCUGCCACAGUUAGGGAGCUAACAUGGGGAGAUGACCCUGACCAGGAAUUGAUUCAACCUUUACCUGAUUAUGUGCUAGGGUCAGAUGUGAUCUAUGGUGAAGGAGCAGUGGUGGAUUUAUUGGACACAUUACGGCAACUUUGUGGAACCCAAACAACAAUUUUUUUGGCUGGAGAACUUCGAAAUGAUUCCAUCCUAGAAUACUUUUUAGAAGCUGCAAUGAAGGAUUUUGUGAUUGGGCGUGUCGAUCAAUCACAGUGGCAUCCAGAUUAUUGCAGCUGUCGAGUUGUGAUGUACAUCCUAGUCAAGAAGUAAAAGUUAGAGAAAACACCCAUGUGGGAUCAAACCGGCUACCAGACUGUACAACACACUUUUACAAGAAGCAAAAACGCCGUAGGGCCAAAAGUUGAUUGGCAAGUUCAGAAAUAAUCUCUGGAUAUGACCGUGCUAGUCAAUAGCUAUAAACUCUGGAUGUAUUCAGGCCUAUGACGGCUCAAUACCAACCUUUUGAUGUGUUUACUUUUAUAAAUAGAACUGUGGUUUCAUAAA